GUCACACCCCAGAGUCAGUAAAGAUCUCAGUGAAUUGACGUGUUGUCCAUAUUCUACAACACUUGUGUGCUCUGCAUGUGCAUGGUUGGUGUAGUUCAUGGAAAGUUUUGCUUACUGUUGAAGUCACAGGUUACUUCAACUAUUGGCAAGGAUUGCUGGAAUUUAGUUAUUACUUCUAAUUAAACAUUUUAAAAUCUACAUUGAUGGGAUUAUACGGCAGCUGGGGGCAGUUUCUGGGUAUGACUGCCUAGCGACUGGAAAAUGGAGAAUCUGGGUGGAAGAGGCCCAGUCCCGAACAUCCACACUAUAAAACCAAGCUCCCAGAAGCAUGCGGCCAUGAUGCGGCCACGGGACAUCUGAUAGGCUAGUUCUCCCUCUUGUAGAACCUGGCAAUCUAUGAGAGUUUACUGCCUGCAUGGGGGAGAGACCUUGUCAAGCUCCCUGUGGUGUAUUCAUAUGCCAAAUACAGUAACAAUGAUGGGUCUCAUUCCCCUGACCCUAAAGACCUCAAAUGCGGCACCACUGGGAAGGACGAGUAAAGAGAGGCUGCAAAAAUCUCAGGGCUAGGAUGAAUGGACGUUAUUGGGCCCGCUCAGGCAAAUCGAUGAUCAAUGGAGUGACAGUGACAGUGAAAAUCUACAUUGAGAUAUUCAGAAGGACCUUUAAUCUAAAAUCCUAACAGCUUCAGGAUCUUUCUGACCUUGAAGAAAGGGAAAACGAAGAUAUUGUGGCACCACUUCAGAAGCAAAGUGUGAAGUUCUGUGCUUUAGAGGUGGUAUUGUCAUCUUUUGAUUGCAAGAGCCCUGGAGUUGGCAUAGCCGAGACUUUGGAUAAACUGGAAGGUCUCUGUGGGGACUGGAAUAAGGGGCGACCAGCAUGGCUGCUGGGAGCUCCGAUCCUAACGCAGAUUCUGCACCCCGUCCUGCUGAUCCCCGACCCGUCCGUCCCCAAGCCCUGGAUUUCUCCUUCCCGUGCUCCUGCACUUGAAUCCCCUCAUGCCCUUCAACCCCGGGCCAAGUCCGGGUUUUUUGAUCGUUUCACCUCGACUGUUGGCCGGAUGUUGUUCCCGCCGCAGAAGUUUAAAGGUUUCAUUCCCAUCCGGGAUGAAUACUCAGUUGGAACUCCCAGAAAAUCUAAGAAACCUCAUCAUCGACCACAACAGAUGCAGGAUGAGGACUUAGAUUCCAGUAUGGAUAUCUUUUAUCCCGAGGGGAGAGAACCCUUGGAUGUACUGGGAGAUUCAGAGAAACACCCACAGAUCCCUCACAAGACUGAAUCCUUUUCACCCCAGUCCCAGCAUCCAGAACCCUCUGAAGAGCUAGAACAGCUUCCCUUUAAGGCCCUGGAAGCUGAAGUUUCAGCAAGCACACAACAGACCCCAGCUGCACUUCCAGGAUCUCCUGAGGAAUCGAAACCUUUAGUUCAGGACUUAGAUUUGCUGUCCAGUACCCCUGAAGAGGGUGAUACUGAUUCAGUCCUGCCAGAAAUCCUAGUUCAGCCUACAUUGGGUCCUGAGGAAAUGGGGUCUUCAGUACCUCAGGAGGUGGAAGCUCAGUCUUCAGAGUCAGGUCUGAAAGCUCAGUCUUUACUGCAUCAUCAGCCAAAUGAACUGUCUCCAGUCCAGAAAGAAGCCCAUCUUUCAAAUAUAUCUACUGUCAUCAUCAAACCUGCCUAUCUGCAGAUUACCGGAACUCCAAGAGUCAACAAGCAGGAUGAAAUUUCAACCCAGCCAGAAACCCUAAGUCUAAGUCACACAGGAGAGACCCGUGAAGAGAAUGAACACUCUCUAGCUCAAGAGGUGGCCCAGUCUCAGCCUCUAGAGAGCCCUAAGGGUGACUCUGCCAUACAGCAGGAGGCAGUGGCUCAAGCUCCAGAGAUCCUUGAGGUGACUGAAUCUUCUAUCCAGCAGGAAUCCCUAGCUCAGCCUCCUGAAUCUUCUAUGGAGUUGGAAGCUCAACCAUUUCUUCAUCCUGCGGAAAAUCUUCCAACUCCAAAUCAGAAUGGAACUUCACACUUAAACUUGCCCCAUGUCACUGCUCAGCAUUUGAGUGUGACAUUUUCCAUUUUUUCAGAGGUUGGUGAUGAGCUUGAAUCUUCUCCAGUGCCACAGGAGGCCCUGGAUCAGCCGUCUGAGCCAUCUGAGGAAUCUGUCACUAAUCCACCUCCGCAUCCCGAAGAGUUUAUUACAUCUUCACGUCACAAUGAAUCCCCAAGCUUAAAUUUGACAUAUGUCAGUGCUAAAGCUAUUGGUGUGACAUUUUCCAUAUCUACAGAGAUCAGUAAUGAGGAUGAACCUUCAGUCCAGCAGGAGAUGCAGGCUCAGUCUCCUGAGCCAUCUGAGGAAUCAGUCACUCACCCUUUCCCGCAUUCUGAAGAAAAUAUUCCAUCUCCAAGUCACAGUAAAGCUCCACACAUCAACUUGCCCAGUGUCACUUCUAAUCCUAAGGGUGUGACUAUUUCUGAAACUACAGAGGUCAUAAAUGAGGUCAAACCUUCAGUUCAGCAGGAGGCCCAGGCUCAACCUUCAUCCCAAGAGGUCCAGGCUUCAUUUCCAGGCCUCUCUGAGAACAUGGAAUUAUCUGGCUGGCAGAUUGUAUCAUCAACCAUUUCUGAAACACAGAAGUUCCAGAGUGAGAUGGUAGCUCUACAUUUGGGUCAGACUCUAACUCAGCUUUCGCCAGACAAGGAACCUGCUGAGAAAAUGGAAAUUUCUUCAGCUGUGCAGGAGACCCUCACUCAGCUUUCAGAGUUACCAACAGAUAUCAUUUUGGCUCAGGCUUCAGAGCAUUUGGAAGGACCACUUUCAGCAUCAACUCGGCAUCCAUCAUCAGUCUGGGUCACGACUCUCACGGCAGAACCAAGUAGGGAGAGCAAAGCUUCUACGACCCUGAAGAAGACUACCGCUCCCACAGAGCACACUGUGACAAAACCAACAGGGAAUGUGCGGACUCAUUCAAUCGCCACUAAGAUUUCAGCUCUACCCAGUCUGGGGGUUUUGAAGACAGUACCUUCUCCAACCACACAAAAGACUACAGGUCAGACUUCUCAUCAAAAUCAACCUUCUACACACCAAUAUAUAACUGUAACUCCGGAACGCACUGUGAAGACUAAACCCUCGACAACCCUGACAAGUACCAGUGCUACAGAACACUCAGAUGUGACACCUAUCACACCAUCUCUGAGUCCUCAUUCAAACCUGAGUGAAGUCACGUAUCCACCUAUAAACAAGGACGUUCCUGUCACUGAAGGCAGGUCAGUUACAGCUCCAACCAUGCAAGAGACUGGAGUUCCGUCUUCAAAGGCCCCAAAGAAAGCUGAGGUAACAGUUUCAACAAGUACCACUCUGACAACCCCCACAGAGGGAUUGCUGUCAGAACAGGGUCAGCAUCAACACACAGAUCUGAGUGAACAGACAUCUAUAACUUUGGACAAAACGCCACAACCAGAAACAUCAAGGACAGCUUCCCUGACUCACUCUUCAGCCCUAUCUUCUGGACGAUCUACUUCCGAAAAGGCACAUGUAGAUUUCCCUGAGCAACUACAACAGAAUGAACACAUGACCUUCAACAUAUGUGAGCUUUGUACCUGCACAGAGGAUACCCUCUCCUGCACCGGUCUCAGUCCAGAGAAGAGACUCCGUAGAGUGCCUGUGCCAGGGCCCAACAUCAAUAGGACCUUCACUAUACUGAAUUUCCAAGGAAACUCUAUUUCUUCCAUUGAUGGAAAUACAUGGAAGGCAUACCCUUGGGUUGAGAAACUAAUCCUCAGUGACAAUUCUUUGACUGAAUUACAUAAGGAUUCAUUUGAAGGCCUGCUAUCCCUCAAGUACUUAGAUUUAUCCUGCAAUAAAAUACAGUUUAUUGAAAGGCGUACAUUUGAAGAACUACCAUAUCUGCAGUAUAUGAAUCUUAGUUGCAAUUUAAUCACCGAACUGAGUUUUGGAACGUUUCAGGCCUGGCAUGGAAUGCAGUUUUUACAUAAGAUAAUUCUCAGUCAUAAUCCUCUAACAGCUAUUGAAGAUUCAUAUCUUUUUCAAUUACCAGCAUUAAAAUAUCUAGACAUGGGAGCAACACAAGUGUCGCUUGGACCAGUCCAAAACAUCCUCAUGAUGACUCUUGAAUUGGAAAAACUGAUAUUACCUAGGCAUCUCACCUGCUGCCUCUGCCAAUUUAAGAAUAAAAUAGACUCUGUCUGCAAAGUAGUCAAACUACAUUGUGAAUGUACCAGCAGCACACACUGUGAUGAGGAAUCCAUAAAUAAUAUAGAAGGGGAGUUCAUGGAGACUUUACAGGCCCGAAAAAAGAACACUAGCACCGAACUGACCAUAGAACCGGACAAGGCCUCAUCAGAGAGAGACAGAAUGUCCUUUUUCAUAAAUGAGCAGCUGGACUUCAAUGAUAACGAUAUGAUGAAUAAGCUAAAUUACAUAAUGCCUUUUUUCCAGGAAGGUAACAUAAAAGAUGUUGAAUCAACCUUGUUACCCUUCCUUAAGCUCCUUUUUAAAGAUGUAAAAGACAAAGCAAAUCCUGGGGUUCAUUUGAAGAACAGCACAAUUCCGAUGUCUCUACAGCUUGAAUCCAACAAUUCAACAUACAAUAAGUUGAAAAGUCUCCAUUUUCUGAAAAGCUUGAUAAAUGCAGCAACUCAAGCAAAAGUCCACAAAGCUAGGAAGAGAGAGAAAACUGCCACGCUGGUCCGUUCCAUACUUUUCGGGCCCAAAUUGAACCGUCAGAUCUUUCCGAAGAAAUUGAAAACUGUCUGGCCAAAGAGAAAACACUUAGGGAAGGUGGCAGAGAGGGAGAGGAAACCACUGCAGAUGAGCAGCGUGCUCAAGGACCCCGGGGGCCUCCAGAAAAAAGAGCUUCCCUUGGCGGGGAGGCCCAGGAAAUGGGUGGAAAACUCCUUCAAUGAGGAGUCAAACUCCAUCCAGGAGCACAAGGCGGUGUUCUCCAUGCCCCUGAAAGAAUUCUCCAUGGGCAGGCCAUCUGCUGCCACUUCUAAAGUCCCACCCGAGAACCCCAAAGACCUAAGGGACACUUUCCGCGUUUUAGAAGACGCAGAUGCCAGGGUUCGGAACAUGAAGUUUCCCAGCCCCGUGCCACACAAUAAAAUAAAUUAUAAUUUUCAGAAAUCUUAUUCUCACCUGGGAAGCAGAAGGGCUAAAGCCAGCGUGAAUAGAGACACGAAAGAAUCAGCACCCGAGAGGCCGGUGCGAGUCGCCAAGCGGCCUCCUUUCGCUGCGGUGAAGAGCCUCAUCAAGUCCCCGCCAAGAGAGGAGUCUCUGUCUUGGAGAGAUCAGGACAAACCUUGGCUCCAGUCCUUUCAACCUUCACACUCAUCUGCAGGAAAGAAGACCGCAGAAAGCACGCAUGCUGCAAAUGGGGCGAACACCAGAGGCAUCACGCUGCGAGAGAAAACUGUCGGUAGCAAAGGCACCUCCCAUGAGAAGGACGCCCCGAUGGUGGACAACCUCACGCCGACUGUCAAGCAGUCCAGCAAGAUGCAGUGGGAAUAUCACAACGUGGCCACGGACAUCGUCUCUGUUACACAAAAACCAGACCCAGGAGACAAGCUGGAGAUGGAAUACAUCCAGCAGCUGCGGUCCCUUAUCCCCAACAAUAACGUGAGGAAGCUCAUUGCUCACUUGAUGCGGACUCUCAAAAUGGACUGCUCUAAGCCCCAGGUGCAGGUGGCGUGUGCGAAGAUCCUCUCUGAAACCGGCCUCCUGAUGAAGCUUCUCAGUGAGCAGGAGGAAGGAAAGGUUCCCAAGCCAGAAUGGGAUACGGACCAGUGGAAGACUGAGAACUACAUUAGUGAGAAUACCGAAGGCCAGAGUGAACAGAAACAGCCAGACGAAAGUGAGCUCACAAAAGAAGUUCCAGGAUAUGGCUAUCAUGAUGGCUAUCAUGAGGCCAAAGCAAUCGUGGUAAUAUUUGUGAUUGUAGUCGUGAUGAUAUUGAUUAUAAUUAUCGGUCUCAUUGAGAUAUAUGGUCAGAGACGAAAAAAAUCUAAAACUGGAAGAUCCAGGUAAAUAUUAGUCUGAGAACCUUUCAUUUAUACUGGAGUGUCCUCCCC